AUGACUUUUACCAACCUUACGCUCCUACUGGAGGCCGUCGCUCAAGAGGGCAGCGGGCAUGUCAUCUGCUAUCCGCCUCAAAGCACCACCGAGCCUAAAUCGUACUCCUAUCGCCAGUUGCUUGAGGAUGCUCAGAGAGCUUCAAGGGCAUUGCGCUACCAACCAGAAGAUUUUCGUCGAGGCCGAGUGGUUCUUAUCCAUGUAGACCCUCACUGGGAAAACAUUGUCUGGUUCUGGGCUGUCACGCUGGCUGGCUGUAUCCCGGCCAUGUCCACGUCGCUAUCCAACAACUCGGCGGCACGUAUAUGGCAUCUGGAAAAUCUGGCUACUACGUUCAAAAAUCCUUCUUGCCUAACCACAGCGGCUAAGCUGUCCGAAUUCGGAGGACAAGACGCUAAGACUCCCAUUGCUCUCGAGUCUCUGAACAUGAACCGCGCCCCAAAUGCAGAGCUCGACAACGUCUAUCGCGGCGCCAUGCCAGGAGAUAUCGCCGUCCUGAUGUUGACAUCUGGUAGCACCAGUCAUGCUAAAGCCGUAAUCCUCACUCAUCAGCAGAUUUUCAUGGCGCUGCAGCAAGUAUAA